UCAAUUCUAGAUUCUUUUCUGGCUUAUCUUUGGACAGCUAUAAGUCCUGGGGCUUUGCGCUCGCGGACCUUUAAGGGGACUGCGCAUGCGCCAGCUUCCUCUCUCUUUUUGCCGACUGGAACCAUGGAGGCUGUUCCGGAGAAGAAAAAGAAGGUUCCUGCUGUGCCAGAAACACUUAAGAAAAAGCGAAGGAAUUUCGCAGAGUUGAAGGUGAAGCGCUUUCGGAAAACGUUUGCACUGAAGACACUGCGGAAGGCACGGAGGAAGCUUAUCUAUGAGAAGGCAAAGCAUUACCACAAGGAAUACAGGCAAAUGUACCGGACGGAGAUUCGCAUGGCUAGGAUGGCGAGAAAGGCUGGAAACUUCUACGUGCCUGCAGAACCCAAGCUGGCGUUUGUGAUCCGAAUCCGAGGUAUCAAUGGUGUGAGCCCAAAGGUCCGCAAGGUGUUGCAGCUGCUCCGUCUUCGCCAGAUCUUCAAUGGCACCUUUGUUAAGCUCAACAAGGCUUCGAUUAACAUGCUGAGGAUUGUGGAACCAUACAUUGCAUGGGGGUACCCCAACCUGAAGUCAGUCAACGAGCUCAUCUACAAGCGAGGCUAUGGCAAAAUCAAUAAGAAGAGAAUUGCCUUGACAGACAAUUCCUUAAUUGCUCGAUCUCUUGGUAAAUACGGCAUCAUCUGCAUGGAGGACCUAAUUCAUGAGAUCUACACAGUUGGAAAACACUUCAAGGAAGCAAAUAACUUCCUGUGGCCCUUCAAGUUAUCUUCUCCACGAGGUGGAAUGAAGAAGAAGACCACUCAUUUUGUGGAAGGUGGCGAUGCUGGCAACAGGGAAGACCAGAUAAACAGGCUUAUUAGGCGGAUGAACUAAGGUGUUGCCCGUGGUUUUUUUGUAAUCUGGUCAGUUAAUAAACAGUCACAGCUUGGCAACCUGAAA